AUGUUACUUCCAUUAAAAAAUAAUAAUUUAAUUAUUUCAAAUUCAAAAUUAAAUAAAUCUGUUGGGGGUGCUUUAUUUAAUGAAAAUAAUAAUAAUUCUUUUAUUAAAUUAGAAAAUGUUUAUUCAACAACUAUUUUGGAUAAAGAAAAAUUAUAUUGUUCAUUAAUUUCAAUUCCAAAAGAAUUAGAAAAAGGGGUUUAUAAUUUAAAAGAAGAAAAUAAUAAAGAGAAAGAAGACAAUCAACAACAUAAUUAUUUAAAAAUAAUUAAUUUUAACCAAGUUUUGCCCGAUUUAAGUACUCUUCCACAAUAUUUUACAGCAUUUGCUGAACCUUUAGCCCGUCCUUUAUUGCAAUGUAUUGUUGAACAAUUGGCUAAACAAUGUUUUGGGAGUACUUUUAAUAUGGAAUUAACUAAAAAUAUGUCUGUUGAUAUUUAUGAUUCUGAUUCGGGGUAA